AUGAGUGGGGACUGGUCCUUAUCAAACUGGUACAAACAGACAGGUUUUCAGUCUAAUGUUACCUUAACUAAAGAUGGAGUAUCUCAACUGAUGUUAGACCUUGGACUGUCAAAGUUCCUGUUUGACAAUAAAUGUGAUUAUACAGACCAAGAAUCUGUCUUUGUUAAUGCUUAUCAAGGAUGGACUUCUGACUGUCAAGACAGUAAGAUUGAGUUACCUGACCUACCUGAUUACCUCACCUGUUACCUGGAUUCUACCUGUAUGGGUAUACAGUGUUGUUGGGAUGUAGACUUUAUCAGUAGAUCAUUCCAUAGUCACCUUACAGUAGAUACCUGUAGCUACAUAUUAAAGUUUGGAGUAGAAAAGUUGGAGUUUGAAGUAACUUUAGAUGAUUAUGAGUGGGGUGAAUGGAAACAGUUUGAUUUAUAUGGAGUUAUAAAUGUUAGAUAUAUGAUUGAUGAUUUACCAGCACAACACAUGUAUGUAUUCUCCAUGACAGUGAGUCUGUGUUGGGAGUCGGAUGGACAAGACUGUGAUCACCAUGUUAUAUUUAAUAAUGUACUGCUACCCAAACCUAACUGUAACUGGAAUAAACCUUAUAAUAUCCCAGGUUGUAAGACCAUUUUACCAGCAGAUAUUGUGUUUGUGGUUGAUGAAUCUGGUAGUGUUGGAGAAGAUAAUUUUAGAGAUACAAUGGAUGCCAUUGCAGAUACCAUAGAUACAUUGGUCAUUCAUGAAGACUUGAUCCGUGUCGGCAUGACCUUAUUUGAAGGAACUGGAACAUCAAGGACAUUGUUUGAUCUGAACAGUAGUUAUAAUAAAACUGAAAUAAGGUCAUGGCUUUUAUCAGCUGUCUAUCAGAAGGGAACUACCACAGAUAUUGCUGAUGCAUUCCAAUUUGCUUGUGAAGAAAUGUUUCAGAUGACAAAAGGGGAGAGAACCAAUGCUCAGAACUAUCUUGUAUUACUUACUGAUGGAAAAUCAGACAGGAACAAAGCUAUAGAUAAGGCAGCCUUGUGUAGCAGUAAGAAUGUCAGAAUUAUAACAGUAGGGAUAGGAUCUGGUAUUGAUGUAGAUCUUCUCAAUACAACAGCAUAUCAACCAGAUCAUUUCAUCAAUACAGAAUACAGUGAACUGAAUACAACUUUACCUGAACUUGUGACUAAGUCUGUGGACUGUAGUAAGGAUUUCUCCUUGGCUGAGUUUGUGUCUGACAGUGGAUUAUCUACCCUUGACAGUUUUGCUGUGUCAAAGUUAAUGGAUUAUCUAGGUGUAUCUGAAUACCUACUGUCAGAACAGUGUGACGUGACAAAGCUACCAUUUAACUCAUCUGUGAAUGGAUGGACUGAUGAUUGUUCCGUUCCAGACAAGACUGACCUAUCACCCUAUGGUGUAUGUUACAUACCACAUACUUGUACCAGUAUAGACUGCUGUGUAAAUCUGCCUGGAUUACACAGGAAUAUUCAUGCUUCUGUUGACAUAGACACUUGUAAUUAUAAACUGACUGUGGAUAUUGAGAAAGUCCAUCUGGAAUACUCACUGGUUGAUUACGAAUGGGGACACACAGAAACAUAUUCUUUGUUUGGACUCUUCAAUGUUGUAUUCACAGUACAAAAUCUUGUUGAUGACAAGUUACUGGUAACCAUGGAUAUAACUGUAUGUAUGGAGAGAGCUGGUCCAUGUGAAGUAAUUCUGAAUGUAUUCAAAGAUACCAGGUUACCUAAACCAGUUUGUAACUGGAAAACUGACUUUAUUAUAUCAGAUUUCUCAAUAGAAAACUUCCUAUCAAGUAAAGGAUUAAGUCCAACUUUAAGCAAGCUACCAACAGAAGUAUUAUUACAGCUGUCAAACAAACUUGGAAUAUCUUCAUUCUACAUGGAAAACCAGUGUAACAGAGCAGAUACUCCAUAUGUACCAAACAAGGAUGGAUGGAAUAAAGAUUGUUUAGAGAAAGUAAAUCUCCCAAUUUUAUCUAAUGGCACCACCUGUCACUUAUCUGAUGAUUGCAUUGGAGUUACCUGUUGUACAGAUGUAGAUCUGAUCAGUAGAUCUAUCAGUACCAGUUUAAAACUGGAUCCCUGUGAAUAUACCUUGCAAGUGCAGAUAGAGAAACUUAUUGUCAACAUAAGUUUAAUUGAUUAUCAGUUUGGUAAACAAGAUGGUGUAUAUUUAUUUGGAGUUGUACGUCUUGACUAUGACAUAGAAGACCUGAGAUACAAAAGACAGUAUGUAGUCAACCUACAUCUGAGUGUUUGUUUUGAAGCGACAGGACCUUGUACAAUCAGUAUCCCUGUACUAACUAAUACCAUUCUACCUAGGUCUGUCUGUGACUGGAAAAGUAACUUUAUAGAUCCAGAAUUUUCAUUCAAUAAGUUCAUGAAAGAAGAGAUAGGUUUGAGUAUUGGAGAUAGUUUAACAGAUUAUCAGAGGAAACAAUUAAUGGAAAGUUUAGGAAUUUCUGACUUCAUGAGGGAUGUUCCCUGCAGUCUAACACCAUAUCCAAGUAAUGGAUGGACUAAUGAUUGUGAUACUUUGACCUCUGACCUUCCACUGUUACCAGGGACAACUGUCUGUCAUAUUCAGGAAAGCUGUACCUCAGUGUCCUGUUGUUUUAAUGUGGACAAGAUAGGUCAAUCAUUCCAGGCUUCAGUUGAUAUUGAUCCAUGUAGAUCACUACUGACAGUAACAAUAGAAAAAUUCACACUGCAGAAAAAUCUGUUAGAUUUCCUGUGGGGGACACUAGUAGAAAUGUGGCUGUUUGGUUUAUUUAGAAUUGGGUAA